CAGUUCGAGCCACACAUCCUAUACCUGCAGCCUGUGGAAUAUACUAUUUUGAAGUUAAAAUUGUCAGUAAAGGAAGAGAUGGUUACAUGGGAAUUGGGCUUUCUGCUCAAGGUGUAAAUAUGAACAGACUACCAGGUUGGGAUAAACAUUCAUAUGGUUACCAUGGAGAUGAUGGACAUUCAUUUUGUUCCUCUGGAACUGGACAACCCUAUGGCCCAACAUUUACAACUGGUGAUGUCAUUGGUUGUUGUGUAAACCUUAUCAACAAUACCUGCUUCUACACAAAGAAUGGACAUAGUUUGGGUAUUGCUUUUACGGAUCUACCGCCAAACUUGUACCCUACAGUAGGGCUUCAAACACCAGGAGAAGUGGUAGAUGCUAACUUUGGGCAGCAUCCAUUUGUGUUUGACAUUGAAGACUAUAUGCGAGAAUGGAGAACCAAAAUUCAGGCUCAGAUCGACAGAUUUCCUAUAGGAGAUCGGGAAGGAGAAUGGCAGACAAUGAUUCAAAAAAUGGUUUCAUCUUAUUUAGUUCAUCAUGGGUACUGUGCAACAGCAGAGGCUUUUGCCAGAUCUACAGACCAGACUGUACUAGAAGAAUUAGCCUCCAUUAAAAAUAGACAAAGAAUUCAAAAAUUGGUUUUAGCAGGAAGAAUGGGAGAAGCCAUUGAAACAACACAACAGUUGUAUCCAAGUUUACUAGAAAGAAAUCCUAAUCUCUUAUUUGCAUUAAAGGUGCGCCAGUUUAUAGAAAUGGUGAAUGGUACAGACAGUGAAGUGCGAUGUCUGGGCGGCCAUAGUCCAAAAUCACAAGAUAGUUACCCUGUAAGCCCUCGAUCAUUUAGUAGUCCUAGCAUGAGCCCCAGCCAUGGAAUGAAUAUUCACAGUUUAGCAGUGAGCAAAGGAAGCAGCACACACUUUUCUGGUUUUGAAAGUAGUUGCAGUAAUGGAGUAAUAUCAAACAAAGCACAUCAGUCUUACUGUCAUAUUAAACACCAGUCCACAAGUUUGAAUGUACCUGAACUCAACAGUAUAAAUGUAUCAAGAUCACAGCAAGUUAACAGCUUCACCAGCAGUGAUGUAGACAUGGAAACAGAUCACUACUCCAAUGGAGUUGCAGAGACUUCAUCCAAUGGCUUCCUAAAUGGUAGUUCUAAACAUGAUCACGAAAUGGAAGAAUGUGACACAGAAAUGGAAGUUGACUCAAGUCAGUUAAGACGUCAGCUAUGUGGAGGUAGCCAAGCGGCUAUUGAAAGAAUGAUCCAUUUUGGAAGAGAAUUGCAGGCAAUGAGUGAACAGCUGAGGAGAGAAUGUGGCAAAAACACAACAAAUAAGAAAAUGCUAAAGGAUGCAUUCAGUUUACUUGCAUAUUCGGAUCCUUGGAGCAGUCCAGUUGGAAACCAGCUUGAUCCAAUACAGAGAGAACCUGUGUGCUCUGUACUUAAUAGUGCAAUACUAGAGACCCACAAUCUGCCAAAGCAGCCACCACUUGCCCUAGCAGUGGGACAGGCUUCACAGUGUCUAGGAUUGAUGGCACGUUCGGGAAUUGGGUCGUGUGCAUUUGCCACAGUGGAAGACUAUCUACACUAGCUAUGCAUUUGAAGAUCUCAAGUCUGUAUUGUGGCAUAUUCAACAUGGAGGUAGAUCAGCUCUGCUGACUGGAAUUUGGAUCUUUUAAUUAUGUACUAAAGACAGGUCUGUCGCUUUGUUGCUUCCUAGUUUACAGCAUGAUGCAAAUGAUUUUCUAACUUAGCGUUAGGAGAAAUUUUCCAUCUUUAACCUCUUAGACAACUAAGAGUUAAAAGUAUCACUGAUAAUGUCAGACAUCCAAAUUGACAAUUACCAAUUCUUUAAAUGAUUGUUCAGAACAAACCAAAAAUCCUACCACUUUGAGGUGGGGCAGAAGAAUAGAAAAUGUUGUGGAUGUGUUAGCAUGUGGGUGAUGUAAACUUCAAGCAGGAUGACUUGCCAACCUCCACCCUCAUUAUUACAUAGUUCAAUCAGUGUAACUUGCAAAAUGCAUAAACACCUGACAGUUUGGAUAUAUAGUGUUGAUGGGAAGAAAUAUUUUUUAAUGUGUACUGUAAAACUUGAAAUACUCAGGAGCUGAGUGAAUAUGUUUGUUGCUACUUACAAUCCCUAUCUGUUGAUCUUAGUAGUUUUUGUUUUAACAUGGUCUUUUCAACUUUCUUUGUUUAACUACAGACAACUUCUGUUAUAGACUCACCAGUUUAACUGUUGUAUAAUAACAGUAUUACAUGUCACAGUGUGGUUAUGACCUCUAUUUAUAUAAAAACCAAAUAUUAGUCAAUUUACAGUCUUAAUUUAAUCUUUGUACACCUUGCAUUUUUAAAAGUGCUUAAAUGAGUACUAUAUUGCAAUAAAAUGUAGUGAUAUCAUAAUUAACCAGCCAUUAAAAACUUACUUCUACAGAUAUUA